CAGAGAAGCAGCCUGCCUCAAGUUCCUCACCAGCAGAUCUGCAGUGUAUCGACUUUAUCUGUCAGCCGUGGCCACACACACCUUCUCACACUCACUCACUCACUCACUCACUCAUGGGCCUGCAUUAAACUUCAACAACUCCCUCUCACAUGGACAGCAUCACCAGCAGAAUGGAGACAAAAAGCACCAAAUCGAUGGAGGUGUUGGUGAGUGAGCUGGGCGUCCUGCUGAAGAUGCUCGACCAGGAGAACCUCAGCUCGUCCACGCAGGAGAAGAAGACCUCCGUGUGGAACCUCCUGCAGCAGAUACAGCCGUCAGUUUCAGGAACAGACUACAUCUACAUGAACUCAGCAGUGUACAGAAAUGGCACCAGCUUCGUAGAGUCCCUCUUUGAGACAUUUGACUGUGAGCUUGGAGACCUAAAGGAUGUUACAGAUGAUGUGAAAGAAGACAAGAACAUACCAACUGAAACUUUAAAACAGCAGAGCUGUACAGACUCCCCAGCCCCGCACUCGGCUGACUCUCCUCCUCCUCUUCCCACAACGCCUCCUCCCGAGGAGUAUUAUGAGGAGGCUGUGCCCCUCAGCCCUGGCAAGUUGCCCGAGUACAUCAUCACACGAGUCAGGCCUAGCCCUCCCAACUCUAUAGAGGAUGGGUAUGAAGAUGCUGAAAACAACUACCCCACUACCUGCGUAAACACACACCGCAAAAACUCAUACAACGACUCUGACGCUCUGAGCAGUUCCUACGAGUCCUAUGAGGAGGAUGAGGAAGAGAGGAGCCCUGGCGUCCAACUCACUCAUCAAUGGCCCUCAGAUGAGAGCUCCAUGCCUCCUGCCAGGGACUGUCGCAUCUGCGCCUUCCUGCUGCGCAAGAAACGUUUCGGCCAGUGGGCGAAACAGCUCACUGUCAUACGGGAGAACAGACUACAGUGCUAUAAGAGUUCUAAGGACACGUGCCCCUAUGUGGAUCUUCUGCUGCCCCAGUGCACUGUGGUCUACGCACCCAAAGACAGCAAGAGGAAGCACCAUGAACUCCGUUUCACCUUACCUAAUGGAGAUGCACUGGUGCUGGCGGUACAAAGCAAGGAGCAGGCCCACAGAUGGCUCAGGGUUGUCAGAGAGGUGAGCGGUCAGAGCGCGGGGCCUGAGGAAUCUGCGUCUCCCGUCAUUCCAAGAAAAACUGAACUUGACAAGAGGUUAUCCGCAGAGAGGAACACAUCCGAUUCAGACAGUGUGGGUGUGUCAGCUGUUGAGAUCUGCAGAGAGAAUGGCAAGGUGAAACGGGGGGCUUUCGCUGCGGGCCGUAAAAUCACACGCAUCAUCAGCUUCUCUAAGAAGAAGCCCCCUCGGCCAGGAGAUACCCGGACAUCCUACAGCGACCCUCGACAAGGCUACGUGUCAGUGCUGGUGAAUCAGGUGUGGCGGGAGCAGUGGUGCUGUGUGUGCAGAGGCUCCCUGCACUUCUACAAUGACAAAGGAGACUCUCGGACCUCCCUGCCUUCACUUCCUCUCCACGGCUGCGACGUGCUCCCGGGUCUGGGACCCAAACACCCCUUUGCCUUCCGAAUCAUACGGAACUGCACAGAGGUGGCUGCUCUGGAGGCCAGCAGCUCUGAGGAACUUGGAAGAUGGCUCGGCGUCCUCUUGGCAGAGACAGGCUCCGCGACAGAUCCGGAGUCACUGCAUUACGACUAUGUUGACGUGGAUACCAUCGCUAACAUCCGCGACGCUGCGCGGCAUUCCUUCCUGUGGGUCACAUCUUCCAGCAGCACCUACACAGACUCCAGAACAUAUGAUGAGGUCCCUAAUGAGGACAUGCAGUCAGUGGAGAACCGCAGGCAGCAGUCUGGGAAUCAAGGGAAGCGGCGCUCAAGUUUCUCCAGCAGCGACUCUGACAGAACCAAGCCGUUAGUCUCCCUCAAACGAACAGGCUCAAACGCCAACCAGUAUGGAAGGUAUGGGAAAACACGAGCUGAGGAGGAUGCCAAGCGUUACCUGAAAGAGAAAGAGGAGAUGGAGAGAGAGAGGGAUGGGAUACGAAAUGCACUCGUGACCCUCCGAAAGGAGAAGAGCGAGCUGAAGGAGGAGCUGAAGACAGCCUCUGAGAGGAGGACGUCCUCCCUGAACAAGCGUGUGUCCCAGCUAGAGGACGCCUGUCGAGUUAAAGAGGCGGAGCGGGUGGACCUGGAGCUCCGGCUGACUCUGGUCCAAGAAAACCUCAAGAAGAGUCAGGCCGGUGGAGCGCUGGGUGCACCUGUUGAGGCUAAGCCCCCAGUUAAGUCCUCCAAAAAAAAGAGCCAGAAUAUCUACAGCGAGUCUCUACCUGUAAACUGUGCCUCAGAGAUGCGUCGGAGACCUCCGUCUGUGUAUGCUUCCUGUACAGGAACCGUCAUGCAGAAGGCAAAGGAAUGGGAGUCAAAGAAAGCAGCCUAAGAGCAGCAUCGUGGAGGAGACUGGAGAAAGAAUGAAUGGUGACUAUUGUGACAUUCAAUCCUACUAAGGAUAACAACUUUCCAUCACAUCCCAAAGCACAGACUUUUACUGAGGAAUUAAACUGUAACGAAAGAAAUCGGCCACCAGGUGGAGGUACAUCUCACUGAAUAUUUACUCUUCCUAAAAGGACUUUUCCAAAUGUGAGGAAUCCAAGAACUGCUCACAGUCUGUAUCCAAGUAUUUCAAUUGUCUUUUGGUGACAAAUGUGGCAAACAGGAAAGCGAAGAGAGUUUAUGAAAGAAAGACACAAGAGAAGUGUAUUGAAAAGCACAGUUUAGUGCAGAGCGUUGUGAUGGAAAGGCAAUACCGGUGUUGCAUAUGGUGAAAUGUUUAAUUGUUAAGGUGCCAUGUGAGAAAUGUGACAUGUUUGGAAAAUCAGAAGAUGGAGGCAGUUUAAGCCGCAAUGUGCCUUUUAUAUAAUGUUUUUUUUUUUUUAUCUGCCUGUACAGAGUGAGCCAUGACUACUGUUUUGUAUGUUUUAUACUUUUAUACUGUUCAUUUCUUAUCAUCAUCAUAAGACAUACCUAUCAGAGAUAUUUUGCCAUGUUAUGUGCCAUGGAGUUACUGCACUUAUUAGCUUCUCCUCUCAGGUUGAAGCUGUGCUAUAUACAGCAAAACCAUCUGCUGAAUAAUCCUACACUUGACCCUCUUCGGCACACAUUCAAAACCAGUUAAAUACUCCUUCUGGAGAUUAUUGAGUGACUAACUAACAAAGUGGUGCUAUUCCGCAAUACAAACCAAUGUUUUUUCUUGAGUGGGAAAAUCCCCACUAUUUGUCAUUUUAACAACCUUUUCUGCUGAACCUGUGGUUGACUUUUUGCACUUUACUGUUCUCCUACCUGGAUAUGGGAAUAAUAAAUGUGUCUUAUUCUCAAA